AGGAACAAAAGCAUAGAGAUUAGAGAAAUAGAGGAAACAAAUUAGGUUUCAAUGUCAAGUAUAAAAUAGAUUGUUUGUUAUUUCUUGAGUUAUUGUUCUCCAUAUUUAUUUCCUCUGUUUUAUGUUUUAUUUGAGAGAGGCAGAAAAAUGACAGGAGUUUCAAAGGAAGAAAGCGUAAGUUUAGACCUUUUGAGGCAAAAGAUGAGAGAUUUUGCUAAGGAAAGAGGCUGGGAGCCUUAUCAUACUCCUAGGAACCUGCUUUUGGCUCUGGUGGGAGAAAUGGGAGAGCUAUCGGAGAUAUUCCAAUGGAAAGGAGAGGUGGAAAGAGGUUUGCCAAAUUGGAAAGAAGAAGAGAAAGUUCAUCUUGGUGAAGAACUCUCUGAUGUUCUUCUCUAUUUGAUUCAACUAUCUGAUAGUUGUGGCAUUGAUCUUGGUCAAGUUGCUCUUCGCAAACUUCAGCUUAAUGCUGUUAAGUAUCCUGUUAACAAAUAACUUAGUUGAUAGCCUUGAAUUGAUGCAUGUAACCUUAUUUUUAGACAUAGUUGUAUCUUUGCCUAGCCGUGGCUAACACACUCCCGUUGCAUGACAGGGCGAUUAUUUAUUUUAUUUUUGUUUACUUAGGGAUAUCUUACUUAA